AUGUCGUCACCAGCAUCCAUCAAAGAGAUGCAACGCCUGGCCGGUCGGUUAGCGGCGCUCAACAGGUUUCUGGAAAACCAUGCUGCGAAAUCAUAUCCAUUCAUCAGUACGUUACGCAACUGCGUAAAAAAGCGCCAGUUUCAAUGGACCCUAGAAGCGGAAAAAGCUUUCCAACAAAUGAAAGAAUGCCUAAUUCAACUACCGACCUUAACAGCUCUGCGAAAAGACGAACCAUUAAUCUUAUACCUCUCCGCAGCAGAAGUAGCAGUCGGCACAGUAUUAAUGGUUGACAAGGACGGAGUUCAAACUCCAAUACACUACAUCAGCAAAAUGCUAACUCGUCUAGAAACGCGCUAUUCCAUCAUGGGGAAACUUGUCCUCGCACUGGUUUACGCAUCACGCAGGUUGCGACGGUAUUUUUCUGGUCACGUUAUCACUGUGCAACUCUUCUCCAAACCAGACGUUGCGGACAGGUUAGCCAAACGGGCUAUCGAGCUAGGCAGAUAUAACAUCUUUUAUAAACCGCGCCCAGCUAUCAAGGGACAAGUCCUAGCAGACUUUAUUACUGAAGUUCCCGUCGAAAAAAUCCAGGAAUGCGAAGCUAUACAAAAUCCUACCCCAGUCUUCGAUGACAGGGUCUGGAUUUUACAUACAGAUGGCGCUUUAAAUGAUGAUGGCGCAGGAGCAGGCCUCCGAGUGGUUAGGCCCGAUAAUUACGAACUUACAUACACCAUUCGGCUAGAUUUCAAGAGUACUAACAACAAAGCGGAAUACGAGGCGUUCCUCACAGGUCUCCGCCUGGCACUCAAAAUGGGAGCAAAAAAUCUUGAAGCACAUGUCGAUUCCAAGUUAGAGGCGGAGCAAAUCAAUAGUCGUUAUGACGCAAAAGGUGAAGCAAUGGCCUUAUAUCUCGAAUAUGCAAGAAUUCUGAUCAACCAGUUUCAGACCUUCAAAAUAAUCCACAUCAACAAAAGCGAGAACAAGCACGCAGAUGCUCUAAGUAAGCUAGCCGCUACAAGCUUCAAGCACCUCGCAAAGGAAGUCCGCAUUGAGGUUCUUUCAAAUCCAUCCGUUCCUCUAAGACAUGUAAACGUAAUAGAAGUUGGGAAUCCAUCUUGGAUGUCCCCAAUCAUUAUGUACUUACAACAUGGAACUUUCCCAGAAGGGAAAACAGAAGCAAGAAAAAUUCAGCACAAGGCGUUAAAUUAUGAGAUGGCAGAUGGCAUCUUAUAUCGCAAGUCUUACAUGGGUCCUCUCUUAAGAUGUGUAGACAAGCACGACGCGCAGUAUUUGGUCUGGGAAAUUCAUGAAGGACUAUGUGGAAUCCAUGCAGGCCCACGCAUGGUAGUAGCAAAAAUCAUGAGUGCGGGCUAUUACUGGCCUGACAUGCAUUUAGACACUGUAGAACUCUUGCGCAAGAGCACGUCAUGCCAACGUCAUGCUCCAAAGACACUCCACGCAAAAAAACCUUCGGGUCCCAGUAACUGCAGCAUGGCCCUUCCAGCAAUGGGGCAUCGACCUAGUAGGUCCCUUCCCCGACGCGCCUGGCGCAGUAAAAUUUAUAGUAGUAGCGGUGGAUUACUUUGCUAA